AUGGCAACGUUACCCAGAAUGCAUAAUUCCAAACAGGUGGCUAGUGUAUCUUCCCCAUUUAGUACCAGUCCACGAAAACUACAAGAAAUGGCCUUACCUGUAACAGAAGGACACGAUGUCACUACUGCUAGUGGAGUUAGUAUGAAGCAGUAUGAAGAACAACUCAAUGGAUUAAGAAAAGAAAAUUUUCACUUAAAACUAAGAAUAUAUUUUCUAGAAGAAAAACUGGGAAGUGGAUCACCACCAGCGGUGCAAGGUCUUUUAGAACAUAACGUUAGACUCCAAGUAGAAGUGGAAGAAUUAAGACGGCAGCUAACUGAUAAACAGGAACUUCUUGCCGCGGCAGCGGAAGCCAUAGAUGUUCUAGAACAACAGGGAUCGAUAUCAACUGAUAGUGUUGAAAUGUCGAUGAAUAGUACUGCGAUGAAAAAGCAAAUUAUUUUACAUGAUCAGGGGCUAGAGCAAAUAGAGCCUGCAGAUGAAACUUGUGCAGAAUCUGAAUUUGCUGGUGACUGUUUGACCGUAACCGUUAAUAAUGACGACUUAGAUGAGCUCGUAAAAUUGCGUCGGGAAAAUAAAAAAGCCCUACAAAUGAUAAAAGGCUGUAUGAAGAAAAUUCAGCAGCAAGAUAAGGAGAUCAAAAAAAUUAAACUAGAUAAAGAAUUAGUGUACGCCCAUGUCAGUGACUCGCAACUUGAGAAAUAUGAAGAAAUAUUGAAAUGCAAAGAUGAACACAUUAAAGAUUUGGAAAAUAAAAUAAGAGAUUUGCAAAAGCAUUUCGAAAACAUUCAAAAUGUUGAUGCGUCAGGAAAUCUUCAACAACUUCUUACGCGACGAUUGCAAGGAUUGGCAUAUUUUUUGGAUAAGCUGUUAUCACACAAGUGUGUGCUGGGUGAAGAUAAGAAAAAGCUGGCCGAAAGUAUACUAGAACAAAGCUUAGCUCUACCCGUUGGCUUGGAGCUAGAUGAAUCUAUGGCUCCAGAUGAACUUACAAUGGAUGAAAGUAACCUCGACAUAUCACAAUCACUAAGAAUUGAAGAUUUGACUAUGAUGUUUGGACACCACGUGACGUGUAGUGACGAUAUCAGAUAUUCAUCUAAAAGAAAGGCUUUGUUAAAACAUUUUCCUCAGGCUGAUAUUAUUUCCGAAUCAGAAUGUUGGUCCGAACCGGAUAGGAAUGUAUCCCUUGCUCGUGUUGGUCUAUGCGAUACUGGUGUUGGAGCACUCGAAUCAAGCUCAGAUAAUAAAUGCAGAAAUAGACGGGCUCGUGUGUCAUAUGGCUCUCGUUCAGAAGAUAAUAAACCUUCAAAUGAAGCUUUAAUUGAAGAAUUAAAUCACCUUGCCAAACAAAAUGAGAAUUUUGAAGAAGAAAAUAACGAUCUAAAGGCUAAACUUGUAUUCACGAAAGAACAAAUCAAUGAACUUAUUGCAGAAAAUAACGAAUUAAAGGAACUUUUAUCUAUGGAGCAAUCUAAGUUGUCUGAAGCCACUAAAGAUAUAGAUACCUUGAAAAAUACAGUAACCACUUUAGAUGCACGUAUCAAAGAUAUUGAAAAGAAACUUGAUGAAUCAGUCGAGACCACCCAAAGAUUACGAACAGAGAGGCAAGAAUUGGAGGCCACGUUUAUGGAAACUGAGCGUUCGUUGAGACGUGCAGCGGAUGAAGCGACAGUCCAAGCUUCACAAGCUGCACUAGAACGUGCUCGCGCUCAACAUGAUAGACUGCGUUUAGAAAGAGAAUUAGAAGAAACUCGAGAAAAGCUGUCAAAUACUUUAGAAAUGAACUCCCAAUUAGAAAUUGAAGUUACGCGUAAAGCUGCUGUUGACGUUCAUAACAAAAUCGCAGUGAUUCACGAAAAUCCACAUUCAGAAGAAGAUCGACCAACUUCACCAGAUCAGGGCAUCGAUAGUGAUAGAUUAUCUAGUUUAGAACAAAAUGAUGCUGUUGUCUUGUCACCACGUUCAUUGUAUGAUGAGAAUGUAACAUUAAAACAAAAGUUAGCAAGGACAAAAGCGACGCUGGCCGAAACUUUGAUGCAAUUAAACGCGGCGAAUUUGCGCAAAAGAAGCCGACAGGUGUGA